CACACUAAUGGAGCGCGCCAUUUUGGUUUUGUGCGGAGUGUUGAUACUCAUCGUAGAUUAGAUUAUUAUUUCUUGUUAAACAGGAAAUAUAUCUAUAGGGGUCAAUUCCAAUGCCUAGCAAUACAUUUUAAAUCCUUUAAAAUGUAUAUUAAGCAGGUAACAAUCCAGGGAUUUAGAAGUUAUCGUGACCAAACGGUAGUAGAUCCUUUUAGCCCCAAGCACAAUGUAGUAGUUGGAAGAAAUGGAUCUGGUAAAAGCAAUUUCUUUUAUGCCAUUCAGUUUGUGCUUAGUGAUGAGUUCAGUAACCUCCGACCUGAACAACGGCAGUCACUGCUUCAUGAAGGCACGGGGCCUCGUGUCAUAUCUGCAUAUGUGGAGAUUGUAUUUGAUAACUCAGACAACAGAUUACCAAUUGACAAGGAUGAGGUAACAUUGCGAAGAGUCAUUGGUUCCAAAAAGGACCAGUACUUCUUAGAUAAGAAAAUGGUCACAAAAACUGAUGUGAUGAACCUGCUGGAAAGUGCCGGAUUUUCCCGUAGUAAUCCAUACUACAUCGUGAAGCAGGGUAAGAUCAACCAGAUGGCAACAGCGCCAGACUCACAGCGACUGAAACUUCUUAGGGAGGUUGCCGGAACAAGGGUCUACGAUGAGAGGAAAUCUGAAAGCGAACAGAUCCUGCAGGAAACUGAGGGGAAGCGAGAGAAGAUUGAGGAUCUUCUGAAAUAUAUUGAGGAACGAUUGAAGACAUUAGAAGAAGAAAAGGAGGAAUUGAAACAAUACCAGAAAUGGGACAAAAUGAGGCGCUCAUUGGAAUAUACUAUCCAUAACCAUGACCUCACAGAUACCAGAAAAAAGCUGGAUGAGCUUUCUUCUAAACGAGAGAACAGCGGAGAAGUAUCUAAGCAACUACGAGAUGUUCAAGAGGAGGCGUCCAAGCGAAUCAAGAGCAUCAAUAAAGAGCUGCGAGAAAUAAAAAACCGUGUACGUAGCGUGAAUGAGGAACGUGACCAGCUGACUAAUGAGAGGUCGGAACUACUCAAGCGUAAAGCAAAGCUUGAGUUAUCCGUGAAAGACUUACAGGAAGAAGUCCGAGCUGAUGCAGAUGCUAAGGCGAAGCUGGAAGAACAAUUGGAGAAGUUGGAUGGGACCAUAGGAGUGAAACAGAAUGAGCUAGAAGGCAUCAUGCCAAAAUAUGAAAAGCUGCAGAAGGAUGAGGAAGCCAUCAGUGCAAGAUUACAGGCUUGCGAACAGCGAAGGACAGAGUUGUUUGCUAAGCAGGGAAGAGGUAAUCAGUUCACCACCAGAGAUGACAGGGAUAAAUGGAUUAAGAAGGAACUUAAGUCUCUUAGUAAAUCCAUAAGAGAUAAAGAUGAACAGAUCAAUAAAUUGAAUGAAGAUAUUGCUAAUGAUACAAAGAAAAAUGAAGAUCUUGAAAGUCGGAUGGCAAAACUUACGGUAGAUAUUGAACAGAUGAAGGAUACAGUAGAUGCAUCAAAUCGAGGACACUAUGACCUUAAGAAAAAGAAGGAUGACUUACAAAAUGACCGAAACGCCCUCUGGAGGCAAGAAAAUACCAUGCAACAGGAGAUAUCAACCACUAGAGAAGAAUUGCAUAAGAAAGAACAAACACUUAGAUCUAUGAUAGGAAAAUCUGUUUUACGAGGUAUUGACAGCAUUAAACGAAUUCUGGAGUCGUUCAAAGCCAAAGGAAUUCACAAAGAUGUACAAGAAGGUUACCAUGGUGUCUUGAUUGAGAACUUUGAAUGUGCAUCACGGUUCAACACGUGUGUUGAGGUCACAGCUGGAAGCAGAUUGUUUUACCAUAUAGUUGAUACUGAUAUGAUCAGUACAAAGAUCCUAGCUGAAAUGAAUCGUCAGGGUCUACCUGGUGAAGUCACAUUUAUGCCGCUCAACAGGUUAGAAGUCAGACCUACAAAUUACCCAGAAUCCCCAGAUGCUUUACCAAUGGUAUCAAAUCUCAAAUAUGAUUCUAAAUAUGAUGUCGUGUUCCAGCACGUUUUUGGUAAAACAUUAAUCUGUCGAAACAUUGAGGUUGCUACACAGUUCUCACGCACACACAGCCUAGAUUGCGUCACAUUAGAAGGUGACCAAGUUAGUCGGAGGGGAGCUAUUACCGGGGGUUACUAUGACACCCGCAAAUCCCGUCUGGAGCUUCAGAGCAGCAUUGUAGAGUUGCGCAAGAAGAUGAAGACACAAGAAACAGAUUAUGAGGAACAUCGUGAAAAGCUGCAGCAGAUUGAGGUUGAGAUCACAUCCAUGAUGAGCGAGAUGCAGAAGAUUGAAACAAAAAAUAGGAAGAAUAAGGAUAUUUAUGAGCGGAUGAGGAGUGAUCUGAGAAUAAUGAAGGAGGAAAGCCAAGUGAUCCAACGAUCACUUCAACCCAAAGAGAGGCGUCUUGGGAGUCUGCAAUCAAGUUUGGAAGCAAUGAGAAGUACUCACAGCUCCUUAGAUGAAGAAAUAGGUACUGACUUGUUGUCCCAGUUGAGCGUGGCGGACCAAAGAGAAGUAGAUAGUCUUAAUGAUGAAAUUAAAGACCAGACUCAAAUGAAUAAGCGAGUGCUCAACGAGAGAAUUAAGUUGGAAGGUGAAAAGAACAGACUUCAGAAUGUCUUGUCUGGAAACUUGAAUCGUAAACGAGACCAACUGUAUUUGGAGUUACAAGAAAUCUGCGUUUCCGAUAAGCGGCAGAAACUGGAGACAGCUACACUUGAGUUGCAGUCGUCUGAAGCCAGCAUUGAAGCUAACAAAGCUAGACUAGAAGAUAUUGAGAGUCAAGCUGAGGCCCUGAAUCGAGAACAAGUAAGUCGACACAGCGAUUUUGAGGAGUGGAAGCACAAGGAACGAGAGUACGGUGACAAAAUCUCAGAUGAUGCUAAAUCCCUUGAAAAGAUGACGAAUAAACAGAGCAUGUUGCUGAAAAAGAAAGAGGAAUGUAUGCGAAAGAUCCGUGAGCUAGGUUCUCUCCCAAGUGAUGCAUUUGAGAAGUACACAAAGUUUUCCGUCAAACAGCUAUUCAAGAAACUGGAACAGUGUAACCAGGAGCUGAAGAAGUACAGUCACGUCAAUAAGAAAGCGUUAGAUCAGUUUAUAAACUUCUCAGAUCAGAAGGAAAAACUGAUAAAAAGAAAGGAGGAGUUGGACAAGGGACAUGCUUCAAUUGUAGACCUGAUGAAUGUACUUGAACAUCGGAAAUAUGAAGCCAUUCAGCUGACUUUUAAACAAGUGUCUAAAUACUUCAGUGAGGUGUUCGAAAAACUUGUUCCCUCAGGAAAAGCAACACUAGUGAUGAAGAAGGGCGAAGCAGAAACAUCGGAAGGUGAUUCACAGACUGGAGUUCCACUUGUUGAGUUAUUUACAGGUGUUGGCAUUAAAAUUUCAUUUUCGGGAAAAGCUGGUGAGACAAAGGAGAUGCAGCAGUUGUCUGGAGGUCAGAAAUCAUUGGUUGCAUUGACGCUAAUCUUCGCCAUCCAAAAAUGUGAUCCAGCGCCCUUCUAUCUGUUCGAUGAGAUCGAUUCUGCACUUGACGCCCAGCAUAGAAAGGCUGUAGCAGAUAUGUUGAAGGAACUCUGCGGAAAUGCCCAGUUCAUCACCACAACAUUUCGACCUGAGCUGCUUGACUCAGCCGACAAGUUCUAUGGUGUCAAGUUUAGGAAUAAGGUUAGUCACAUUGAUGUGAUCUCUCGUGAACAAGCCAAGGACUUCUUAGAAGAUGACGCAACUCAUGGUUGAUUGAAACGCCCUCGCUGUUAACUCCACCGAUAACACCACUACCCUCAACCGAAUAGCUGCAUGUUACCUGACAAACAGAAAAGUGAUGUGAUGAUUUCAGUUUGAAAUAUUUACGAGAAAAUGUCAAUAUUAUUAACAUGCUUGUAUAUUUAUUACCUGAAGGUUUGGUUUAUAGUAUUGAAAAAAAAAACAUCACAAGUUACUAAACUUUUCUAUCAGCACUUUAGGCUAAUGGGUAUUGUUAAAUAGGGUCUAUGUUGUCACUCUAGUUUAUGUAGUAUUGUAAAUAUUCAAUGAGUUAUUAGGGUUAUACUAAUAACAAUUGUGAUUUUAUAAAAUUCACAAAAGUUACUACAAACAUCUGGUUCCCCCUCCCCCCCCCCACCCCCACACAGUGUCUUAGUCUUUAGGAACUGUUUAAUUUGUGGGUCUAAAUGAUUUGAUUUUAAACAUUACCAUACUUUUAUUUGUGUGACAUUCCAAUUCUUCCUAAAAUAAAUAAAAAAUCAUUUUAUAAAUAUUGAUACAUACUGACUUAAGGAAUGUACUAAUAAUUUUCCUUUAAAUGAGUCUUCAAUUCAAGAAAGUUUUAGACCAAGCAAAUAAUUAUUUGCUCAUAUACAAAUUUUAAUGGUCUAAAAUGUUCAAACCUAAGUUAAUUUCACACACUUUUUAUGCCAUAUAGCCAACUUGUUACAAAUAGUUGUUUCCUGUUGUAUUUUCAUUGCAUUUACUGCAAAACUUGAUAAAAACCUUGUCUUUUAUACUUCUAAUUUCAUAAUUCACUUUGUGCACUCAUCAAUCAAUAAAUCAAUCUAUUUAAAGUAAAUUGGAUACUGUUAGGUAGGUAAUUUAUCCACACUUAAUGUGAUAGAAUUAUGUGUUAUUUUGCAACUACUGAUUCAGAAUAUACCGUGUUAGAAUUUCAUAAAGUUAUGGUUGUUUAUCAUUUAACAAACCAUAUACCCACAUUUUGAAACAAUUUUUUUCAAACAAUUGUAAAUGUCUAUUGUUGCUGUGUUGAAACUUUUAUAGUUCAUUACAAAUCCUUGUGAUUCUGUCAUGAUGUUUAGCUAUGUACUAAUGUAAAUAUUAUUUGUUUUAAUAAUUAAUGUUUGUAGUUUCAUGUCAUCCCCCAUUAAGAUUUGGUGCCAUUUUUGGUUAUGGUUUAUAUUAUUAUUAUUUUUAUUGUUAUAUCACUGCUGUUGUAAGAAUAAUAUUAUUAGAUAUGAGCUUGGGGUUGUAUAAGUUUGUGAUGUAAAUAUUGAUAAUUUUUGCAUUUAUGUAGUUAUUCAAUAUAGGGUGCUGGUGUAAGUAUGGGCAUUAAUUGGUGGCAAAUGGUAUCUCAAUACAAUAGACCCCUUGCUCUGAUUACAUUUUUAACGGACGGACUUAAUGCAUUAGUGCGCCAAUAGCCUUGGCAGGGAGAAAAAUAAAUGCUAACCAACAACAGUGAGGACCUUCACUUGAUUUUACUAGAAACAGACAUUUAUAAUUACAUCCAUUGUUCACCCAUCAAGUGGACCACAAGUUUAAACUGUAUAUGUUAUGUUGCCCGUAGAUUCCCGAAUGGCACUCCUAGGCUAGCGUUGUCUGACUUAGAAAGUUGUUUUUUAUUCAUGUGUUCCCAGACAGAUUUUACCACUACUGAGAGAGGUGUCUCGGUGGCUGGGCCCACAUCCAGCUGGUGGCUUACCUGCUGGCACUGACCCUGGAAUUACACGAAUUUCGUUAAUGUUGUUUGCAUUCUCCUUGUAAAAUGAAGGAAAGAUCUUUUUCUGUGUAAUUUCGUGAACCAUGGCUGUCACUUUGUGGACACAACAUGCGUAAAGUGCAUAUAUGUAAACACUGCAAGGAUUAAUAAACCCUGAUACUUUAAGAAUAAUAGGUCGGAUCACUAUUUCUGUUUGCAAAUCCAUUUUUUUUACACAGACACACUGCGUGUGCUUUAUUUUGUGUACAUGUAAACCAAUUUGAUUUUUCUUCAUAAAUUGCAAAUUAGCAAAUAUUUUUAUUACAUUUGUCUAGUUACUAGCAUGUUUAUUGUUAAAUAUUCAUUGAUAGUUAUGUUACUGAUAUUAGAUUCGUUGUAUCGUAGAGGUGAUUGUAAAAUAACCUUGUUGCCAAGAUUUCAUUUGUUAGAAUGAUAGCCAAGGAAAUUAUUAUAGAACUUGAACAUUGAUCACCAUAAAGUUGUGUUACAUAGUGAAUUGCAUGUUCCAUUGUACGGAAUAAAGUUUAAAAACAUUUCUCAAAA